AUGACCACCAUGCCCCUUCCCAAAACCCUCCUCCUCCAAUACUCCUACCUCACCUUUCACCUCCUCUCGGCGGCCACGGCCGCCGAGACCCAGCCCGGGCCCACCACGAAGCCCUCGCCCAUUUUCUACGAAAUCGACCCCUACAUCAAAGUUUUCGAAAACGGCACCGUACAAAGACUAUCCGGAACAACAACUAUGCCCGCCUCAUUCGACAACGUAACCCGAGUCCAUUCCGUAGACAUACACAUCCCCCAAGCCCAAGCCAAAGAACCCAACAACAUCACGGCCCGACUCUACCGGCCCGCAAACUCCACCGCCAAGCACAAACUCCCGCUCGUCGUCUAUUUCCACGGAGGCGCCUUCCUCACGGGUUCCGCUUUUUCUCCCGCCUACCACAACCACCUCAACUUCCUCGUCGCAAAAGCCAACGCCUUAGCCAUAUCCGUGAAUUACCCUUUGGCCCCCGAGCAACCCCUCCCGAUCGGCUACCAAGACUCUUGGCACGCACUAAAAUGGGUAUUCUCUCACUUGAGAGGCGGUAAUGGCGGCGGCAUUGGCGGCGGCGAGGCGUGGCUCGAGAAGUACGUCGAUUUCGAGCGGGUUUAUUUAGUGGGGGAUGGUGCCGGUGCGAACAUCGCGCACAACAUGGCGAUUCGGGUGGGGACAGACACGACAGACGGGAUUAGGAUAAACGGGAUGUUUCUAAAUUGCCCGUUUUUCUGGGGAGAGGAACUGCUCGGGAACGAAGCUAAGUACCCUAGGAAGGUUGCUUGGGUGGAGAGCAUUUGGAAACACGCGUACCCGAACUCGACGGGUCUUGAUGACCCGUCGUUGGACCCGGGAAAUGAUUCGAAUUUGUCACGUCUCGGGUGCGAGAGGGUAUUGGUUUACGUAGCCGAGAAGGAUAUACUUCGGGAUAGAGGGUUGCGUUAUGAGGAGGUCUUGGAGGAGAGUGGAUGGGAAGGAAAUGUUAGUGUUGUGGAGGUAAAGGGGGAAGAUCACAUCUUUAAUAUAAAAUUUCCAGAUGAUCCAAAGGCUGGGAUUAUGCUUGAACAGUUGGCUUUGUUUCUGGAUCAAGGCAGGGUUGGGGAUGACGGUUUGAGCUCGAACAUGGUUGGUCCGGCAUGGCCCACUCCAGCAGUGUCGGCCCAAAUUCCACCGAUCCCGAAAUUCAUUGGGGCCGGUAUGAAUCUUGGCCCGCCGUGGCUGUUCUUAUUUUUGUUCUUAAUAUAUGUGACUUCUACACUUGAUGCAUAUUGUAAUGUGAUUAGUAUGUGA